GCUGGAGGACGUUGGGAGUGUCCAGCAAGUUGCAACAGCACACCCACGUCUUAUCGCACCGCGCAUCGCCUUCACGAUUUACGCUGCCCGCCUGCCGGAACUUACGUACCUACAGCGCAGCAACAGCGACGCGCCACCUGUCUCGCCGCUGCUCCAGACACAGCUCCACCGUCCAACGAACGAUUCGCAUGCUUCGUAUUAUUCCUUAAACCGACCAUCGCUCUGUUACUCCAGCCUCGAUCGUACAGCCAGCCCUCAUGACGCUCGGGAAGGGCUCAUAACAGCGGCGAGGAGGAGGAGCGCAAGCCUUCAUGGACGCCGAUGAUGCGAAGCACCGCAGGAACCAGUCGGCCAGCACUGCCAUACCACUGCGAGAUCUCGGCCGGGAAGGUGCCCCAACACGUGCAGAUGGAUUGGCGCGCGAGGAGCCCCAUCGCCGCACCCUCAGCGAUAGAGGCCGCGAUCUGUUCAGGCGUCUAAGCAAUGCACCACAAUACACGCCAAUGCCUCAACAGCUGCCCCGCGCGCCCUCAUCCCCCAUUGCCUUCGUUACCACUCCUUCGGGCUUGCACCAGCGCGUUCCCGAUGACGACGACGAGCAACAUCCUAUAUCACCCCUUGCCGACCGGGGUGCAUUCCAGUCGGCCAUUGGCUUCGCCGGCCUCUCAUUCACUCCGCGCUCCGACCACCAUCAUGAGGGCGAUAGUUCCAGCGAUUGGGAUUCGGAUGGCUCAGAUGGACCCACGCGCACGCCUCAACGUGCUUCCCGGGCGACACUAGAUACACUUCCUCCAUUGCGCACACCAGCGAGCAGCAAGAGCAAGAGCAACAUAGCACCCGUUGAGCUAGAUGACGGGCCGGCAUUUGUGUCUCCUGGAGGCGCAGAUGACAACGACGACACACUACCAUUGACAGAUUCGAUACGGCUACAGCCAUUGUCUGCUGGCAAAUUGAGCACGCCCAGUCGUGAUGGCAACCGGAGCACAUCUGGCGUGAGCGGGCUGAGUGCCCGUUUCUCGCCCAGUCGAGGGGACAGUCGAUCGCGGAGCGGAUCAAGACUAGGCGACGACCUAGCGAAUGCAGAACAGGGCUCGAGGCUUUCCAGUCGUCACUCCACGUCUCUGAGUGCAAAUGCUGAGUCACCACUGGCACGGACAGGAACUAUGCUGCGCAAAAUGUCUCAAAGAGUAGUCAAUUUGAGUAACGAGGCCGAGGUGCUCGACCGAGAUCGUACUCCACCUCGACGCUCAUUCGUGCAGGAACGAACUAUUCCAGAGUCUGAAGAAACGCCAGGACUCACUCUAGAUGGAGCUGCAUCGUCCAAAUCGGAACCCAAUGAAAAAUCCAAGGAGCCCACGUCCACUGUCAAUGUUGAAAUGCCAGAACUACCCAGAAUUGACCGGAAUCCUCUGCGAGGAAAGUCGCUGGGCGCUUUCUCGCCUGAGAGCAGGAUACGGCGUGGGCUGCUCGAAUUUCUGGUGCAUCCAUUUGUCGAGCCGUUCAUACUAUUACUCAUUGUCACUCAGACGAUCAUCCUGGCUGUUGACGCGGCACCUAAUGUCUACACGGAACCACGCCCAACGACAUGGGGCAACAACUGGACAGACUGGUUACUCUUUGCUAUCUUCGUGGUUUACACUUUGGAAAUCGUUGUCAAGGUGAUCGUUUCCGGAUUUAUAUUCAACCCCGUGGAGUACAGUACCAUCGAUCGAAGCGUUGGAGUCAGGACAGCACUCAAGAAGAAAGCCGAUGCCCUAUUUACGCUUCACAGAAGCUCUUCCAAAGCAGGGUCCCGGGAGAACGCGCUGCAUGCGUACCGUGCCCCUGCUCCCGAUUCACUUUUGCGGUCUUUCACCACUCAGAAUUUUGACGACAUACCAGGGGGCUCAAGACAAGCUCAGAAGAAGCGCUUGGCUCACCGAGCGUUUUUACGCCAUUCAUUCAAUCGCUUAGAUUUUGUGGCUGUUGUCUCCUUCUGGAUCAGCUUCGUUCUGGGAUCUGCCGGCGCAGAGUACCAGUAUCAGGUCUACGUUUUCCGUAUGAUGAGCUGUUUGCGGAUCCUCCGUUUACUAGGUAUCACAAGCGGCACAUCUGUCAUCCUUCGCAGCUUGAAAAGGGCGAUGCCCACACUCUUGAACGUUGCCUUCUUGAUAGGGUUCUUCUGGUUGCUCUUUUCCAUCGUUGGCGUGCAGAGUUUCAAGUCAAGCCUCCGCAGAACGUGCGUCUUCGAUGGUAGCCUCGCAUAUCCUCCCCUCGAAGGACCGGAAAGCAACAACACCCAAAACCAGCCGCCGCCCGCAGGUAACUUUCAAUUCUGUGGUGGGUGGUUGGCACAAAACGGUUCCAAGAUGCCAUGGCUAAAAGAGGAUGGCUCUUGGGGCGCUUCGAAGCAUAAAGGUUUUCUGUGUCCGAUAGGCUCAUUCUGUGUUGAGGGCGACAAUCCGUACAACGGCACGAUUGGGUUUGACAACAUCCUCUAUUCAGCGGAGCUCGUCUUCGUGAUCAUGACUUCCAACACCUUCACCGAUACAAUGUACUACCUCACGGACUCAGAUUACUUAGCCGCAGCGCUCUUCUACGCACUUGGAAUCAUCAUCUUGACCUUCUGGCUCAUCUCGCUACUGAUUGCAGUCAUCACCUCUUCGUUCCAGGUCAUACGGGAAGAAAGCAAGACCAGCGCAUUCAUGAACGCGAUCGACCCAGCGGAAGCUUUGUCGGAGACGGAACCGGCAGACUCGGACAACCGUAGAGCUGGCGUAAAGCGCGUCACAGGCAUCAAGCGGGCCUACGAGAAGACCUACUGGUUUUGGGUCAUUGUAAUCGCAUUUGAUCUGGUCGUACAAAGCUUGCGCACAGAUACCAUGGGCCGUUUCACGAAGCACCUCAUUAGCAACACUGAGCUUGGUAUAACCUUAUUGCUCAUAUUCGAAAUCGCGUUUCGUUUCGCGUCCGACUGGAGGGACUUUCGGCACCAUCGCCGGAACUGGUUCGAUCUGUUUUUGGCAAUAAUGACUGGCAUUAUCCAGUUGCCGCCGAUCAAGCACUCUGGCGAUCCGUACGCGUGGCUUACGGUCUUCCAGAUUUUGCGCAUAUAUCGCGUUGUUCUAGCAGUCCAACUCACAAGAGACCUGAUUCUGCUGGUGCUGCGACACGUCUCGGGUGUAUUGAAUCUGAUCUUGUUCGUGUUUCUGCUUACGUUUCUGGCGGCGAUAUUUGCAUCCCAGCUAUUCCGAGGUCAGCUCCCCAUACUGGAUGGCGAGGGUAACUACAUUGAGGUGACCUUCGCCACCAUCUUCAAUUCGUUCCUGGGCAUGUACCAAGUAUUGUCAUCGGAGAAUUGGACCGAUAUCAUGUACAAUGUGGGCAGGUUUGAUGCACAAUACGGCACGGCAUGGAUCGCAUCCAUAUUCUUCAUUAUAUGGUUCUGUCUCGCGAACUUUGUCGUGCUCAACAUGUUUAUUGCUGUCAUUCAGGAGAACUUCGAUGUCUCUGAAGACCAGAAGCGAAUGCAGCAAGUUCGAAUGUUUCUGCAGCGGAAAGAGCUUGGAAGUGACGGAGGCGGCACGCUCUCACUGGCAACCAUUUUCAAGUUCGGCCAAAUGAAGCGCCAAGAUCCCCUGGAUUUUGGCUCAGCUGCAACUGAGAUGUUGCUCAAGGAUGCAGUAGUCAAGGACUUUUUGGACGAAAUCCAGCAGGAAGAGAAGGAUUUUCGUCGUGCACCUACGGCUGGUCUGACCUCAGCGUCGACUCUCAACCUCAUUCGACAACCGGCUGGCUGGGCUUCCAAGUUCGAGGAAUGGUUCGACAAGCAUGUCUGGAAUAGACAACCCAAUCCUUUCUACGCGCGAAUUCAGUUGACCAGACCGCACGAGGAACUCAACCCGCGUCAAUUGGCGGAAGAAGUCGUCGCGGCGGCUGAGCGGCGAAAAAUCUCUCAGCGCGAAUAUCUUCGACAGCACCCCAACUACAACACCACACUUUACAUGUUUACUCCAGAGAACCCACUGCGUAAACUGUGCAUGCGAAUUGUUGGUCCAGGGCGGGGCCAGCGUAUCCAGGGUGUACAGCCAAAUCCCACAGUCUGGUAUGCCUUCUCAGCAUUCAUCUAUGCCGCCAUUGUCGGUAUGGUCUUGCUAGCGUGUGUGACAACUCCACUGUACCAGCUGGAGUAUUUCAAAACGCACCCCAACAUCAGCGAUCGAUACAAUUGGUUCAUCUGGACUGACAUUGGCUUUGCUGGGCUCUUUACGGUCGAAGCUAUCAUCAAGGUCAUAGCGGAUGGCUUUCUCUGGAGUCCAAAUGCGUACUUCCGCAGCUCGUGGGGAUUUAUCGAUGGUAUUGUUCUGAUCACGCUCUGGAUCAAUGUGCUCACUUCCCUGUACAGCCCUGGUAGUGGAUCGCGCGCUGUGGGGGCAUUCAAGGCACUGCGAGCACUCCGACUUCUCAAUGUCAGCGACAGUGCACGCGACACAUUCCAUUCCGUGAUUGUCCUUGGCGGCUGGAAAGUGUUGAGUGCAGCAUUCGUCUCGCUGAGUUUGCUCAUUCCAUUCGCCAUAUAUGGUCUCAACCUUUUUGCCGGAAAGAUGGCCUGGUGCAACGACUGGCAGCAGUAUGAUGUUCACAACUUGACCGAUUGCGUCGGCGAAUCGGUCUUCUCGCCAAUCGGGUACGACAUGAUCAUGCCCAGAAGGGUUGCAAAUGUGAACUUUUCGUACGAUUUCGACUCCUUUGGCGACGCACUAUUCAUUCUUUUUCAAGUCGUAUCGCAAGAGGGCUGGGUGGACUUGAUGUGGAGUGCGCAGUCGAUCACUGGAGUUUUCACACAGCCUGCUUGGUUCUCACAGCAGGGCAAUGCAGUCUACUUUGUCCUCUUCAAUUUGUUAGGAGCCGUGUUCGUGCUGACCUUGUUUGUGUCGGUCUUUAUGCGCAACUAUACCGAACAGACAGGGGUCGCAUUUCUGACAGUUGAGCAACGCUCUUGGUUGGAGCUCCGAAAAUUGCUGCGGCAAGUCGCGCCAUCGAAGCGUCCAAAUCGACAGAAGCAGCGACAGAGCUGGCAAGAAUGGUGCUACCGGCAAGCUGUUACCAAAAAGGGCAAAUGGCAACGUACCAUAACCGGAAUACUCAUCGCUCAUCUGGCUUUACUGUGCAUGGAAUGGUACCCGGAACCUUGGGCUUGGACUGUCGGCCGAUUGCUCCUUUUCUUCAUUUUCACCCUGUUCUACAUCGCAAAUAUCUUUGUCCGUCUGGUUGGAUUGUCGUGGACACGAUUCAGGAAAAGCGCCUGGGAUGUCUACUCAUUGAUCGUAGUGAGUGCAACCUUUGCAACGGCCAUACUGGUUUUCGGCAACUUGCACAGCAACAUCUACUCGCAGACACAUAAGCUGUGCCUGGUGGCUGUAGCUCUCAUGCUCAUUCCUCGUAAUAAUCAGCUGGACCAACUUUUCAAGACUGCGGCAGCUAGUUUCAGCGCCAUUGCGAAUUUACUGGCGACAUGGUUUGUGCUUUUCCUGGUCUACGCUAUUGCAUUCACCCAGACCUUUGGACUGACGCGCUUUGGGGAGAAUGAAACGGGCAACAUCAAUUUCCGCACAGUGCCAAAAGCUCUCAUCCUGCUGUUCAGAAUCAGCGUGGGAGAAGGAUGGAAUCAACUGAUGAUGGACUUCGCAAACAUUCGUCCACCAUAUUGCACCUUGGCAGACGACUACUUCAAGACCGACUGCGGCAGCAAGCAGUGGGCCUACGCGCUGUUUGUUUCGUGGAACAUCAUCAGCAUGUACAUCUUCGUCAAUUUGUUCAUUUCGCUGAUAUAUGAGAGCUUCUCGUACGUAUAUCAGCGAAGCAGUGGCCUGUCCAUCAUCAGUCGGGAAGAAAUUCGGCGCUUCAAGCAGGCAUGGGCGGAGUACGAUCCAAAUGGUUCCGGCUACAUCACCAAAGAACAGUUCCCUCGGUUCCUGGGGGAGUUAUCCGGCAUAUUCGAGAUGCGUAUUUACGAUGGUGACUUCACAGUCAAGUCAUUGAUAGACGAUUGCAGGGUGGCUUCUCAUAGAGCCUCGCAGCUAACCCUCGACGGCGAAGGGUCUAAUCGUGGUGUCAAGAUUGACAUUGACAAACUGAACCGCCGACUGGCCGAAUUGCCGGUGCACGAGAUCCGCAACCGGAGAAGAAGGAUGAACACUUUUUACGAAGAAGUGCUGGUUUCCGCAGACCCCGAUCGAGGCAUUGCAUUCAACGCGCUAUUGAUGGUUUUGGCACACUACAAAGUGAUCAACGACAGCAAAAGUCUCAAACUGGAAGAAUUUUUGCGCCGACGUGCGCGUUUGCAACGUGUGGAGGAGGCUGUCAACCGCAAUAUCGUGAUGGGCUUUUUCGACACACUGUAUUGGUCCCGCAGAUUUAGAAGGAGAAUUGAUGCCAAGAAGUCCGCGCGCAUGACGGCGGUACCAUCAUUCGGUGUACCAGAGAUCUUGGUGGAGGAUGAAACAGAACACGAAGCGAAACAGAGCAGAAAGGUAGAGAUACCGGCACUCAGCAUCACGCCGGUCGAUCCUGAACCGGACGACUCAUUGAGGUCGUACGACGCAGAAAGUGGACCUUCUGGCGCGAGAGGGCGUUCAAGCAGUGGUGCUCUGCCGCAACUGGAUCUGGCGCGACGCUCGUCAAUUCAAUUGACGCCGACAUCGUCGCCGAUACGAGAAGAAUUCCAUCUGAGUCCAGAGGCACGAUCAACUCACCGGCCAACGGCGAGCAGCAGCAGCAUCCAGCCCGAUUGGCACUUUGCUGCGGCCUUCGAAGGAGGGCGGAACUCCCAUUCCCCUCCGGCAAGCCCGGGAGAGCCCCCUGACCCAUCGCGAAGUCGAGCCAACAGUGCCGUCAGCGAGAGUUUCUCCGAGAGUGCAUGGGGUCAGAGUAUGCGUAGGAGUUACACGCAAAAGGCGAGAGGGAGUGGAUCGAAGGACCGCAGUAGCGGGGGAAGGGAUGCUUAGUUUUGGCGAGUCACGGCUUUGUUAUGACAGGUGCAAAGCGUCGCGGUCCAGACACUUCGCUAGCUGGUUUAUGAUAGAUGGAAGGGUGGCCUUUUGGGGGCCUUUUGAGUCGCACCGGGAUUUUAUGAUCGACUGCAUAGCGAUGGCGUUGAACUAGGUGUAUAGAGAGAUACCAAAUGCC